AGAAGAAGAGGAGGGCCUGAAAUGUCGCUGCUGUCUUUCUAAUGGAAACUGAAAGCAAUCUCGGGCUCCUGACAAGGCCACUCUGACAGAGUCACUGAUCCGAGCCAGGAGCAGAGCAGCUUGCAGUCUUUGAAUAACAGCAGGUGCAGCAGGUGUCAAGACAUACGGCUCACCCGUGCAGAGAGGGAUCAGAGAAAAAAGGAGGAGGAGGAGGACACGAAGAGGGCUGCAGAUGGCUGGCUUUCUGGAUAACUUCCGCUGGCCAGAGUGUGAAUGCAUUGACUGGGGAGAGAGGAGGAAUGCAGUGGCUUCUAUCGUCUCUGGAGUUCUGUUCUUCACAGGCUGGUGGAUCAUGAUUGAUGCAGCUGUGACAUAUCCAUCCCAGGAGCAGAUGAACCACGCAUUCCACACAUGUGGCGUCUUCUCCACCAUAGCAUUCUUCAUGAUAAAUGCAGUUUCUAAUGGCCAGGUGAGAGGAGACACAUAUGGAGAGGGCUGCCUUGGCAGAACAGGAGCUCGUCUCUGGCUGUUUAUCGGCUUCAUGAUGAUGUUUGGCUCGCUCAUUGCCUCCAUCUGGAUCCUGUUCGGGGGCUAUGUGGUGCCAAAGAAAGAAGUGGCACCAGGACUGGCCGUGUUCUUUCAGAAUGCCUUCAUCUUUUUUAGCACUCUGAUCUACAAGUUUGGCCGGACUGAAGAUUUAUGGGGUUAGAUGGUCUGUUUGACUACUGACUGUCUCUUUGUCUGCCUCUCACACACACACAAUCUCACACACACACACACACAUGGUUUAAAACAUGUUUUGUAAAAAGUUGUUUUAGAUGAAAAAUCCAAACCCACAAUGAAUUCACAGAAUGUUUUAUAACCUGCAUUUGCUUUUUAAGUAGAAACCCAUUAGUGCUGCUACAUACACACACACACACACACACACACACACACACACACACACACACACACACUCACUCACUGAGUGGCAUGUUGUGUUGUAGAUAUUUACACUAGUUCUGGAUCCCUUUUUAAUGUCUUUCCUGUGAAAAAAGUUUGCAGACGUGUUUUAGUUCACACUGUAUCUGUGCUGUUCUCGAGAAAUUCAUUUUGCAAAAUUUUUGUAUUAAAUGAGGGAAUUCCUGUUUUUUUUUAUCGAAAUGAGGAGCCAGGCUGAUUUCAUGUCAUUGUAUGUUAGAUGCAUCUCAAGUGUCACUUCCUGUCAUCAUUAGUUUGCUGUGUUGGGGGUUACAGUGUGACGUCACUGUAGUGAAAGAGAAAGGGAAAGCUGCAUGGGGCUCAUCUCCUGUGUGAAGUGGAGGUGAGGGUGAACACAGAGCCCUCUCUGCUGGCCCACUUCAGCUGCUCAUGUUGUACACUCUGUGAGUUCAGUACAUGCACUGGAUAAUUAUGUAUUUUAUUUUUUAGAUUUUUUUGUUUAAUGGGUCUGAGUCAUUUUUUGGUGACUUUCCGGUUGACAGGUUAGUCACUGUCAUCCUGCCUCAGGAGGAAGUGGGUCUGUUUUGUCCUCUUGUCCCUGUGUAGCUCUUGUUUUGACAGACAGUGUCCUGUAAGUUGAGAUGUAAGUAUUCGGACACUUGGAUUUUUGUAAUAGCCAUUUAAAGUAUUUAAGUAGAGAACAAAUGGUGUGAAGCUGUCAAUCAGACUGCUGUAGUUACAGUAUUAAAGGACUUAUUAAGGGACGACUUUACACUCCGUCACAUAUAUUUAUAUCACAUAAAAACGUGCAACAGGCCAGUUUUAUUGUAUUAAGAUGUACUUUGACUCCAAAGCUUUGACUUGCAUGGAGUAAAAUAACAAGGGUUGUUUUCCAUCUUUCCAAUCCCCUUUUCAGUCAUCUGCCAGAGCUUAAAAUGUGAAAAAUCAAUAAAGUGUUUUACUGGAGAAUGCUGUCGCUAAUCAUUCUUAUCCCAGACAGUAUCCAUGUAGCUGUUCAAAAGCAGUAUGAGGAUUUCUUUCUGUUUUUUUUUUUGUUUUGCUGCAAUGCAACAGGGAGUCAAAGUGUGACGUGCUGCUUGUCAAGAUGAAAGCUGCGGGACAUUACUUCCUUUUUUAAAAUAACAUUUAUUAAGAGGAGUUGGUGGCUGAGCCGCUGCUGCACCUGAAUCUACUCAAAAUGACUUAUCAACACGCUUUUUUCUUACUGACGCACAUACACAGUUAACGUCUAAUAUUCCACCUCCCCCAAGCCAGGGAGCUGUCCUUUAUACAUUUAAGAAAAAUCUCAAGAAAAUGAAACUUGUCUGGCAGGUAUAGAAGCUCAUCAUUUUUUUAAUUUUUUUUUUUACAGUUUUAUAAAUCAAAUUACAAAAACAUUUUUUUUAAAUUGACCUCUCAGGUCAUCUGUCCUUGCAGAGCUUUUCUGACAGAUAUUUAAAACCUGGGUUUGAAAUAUGUCAGAAGUGUCUGCAUCACAGGACAGAGAAGGUGAAUAGCUUUUACAGGAUUUAAAGAUUUUAUUUAAAAAAUAAUUUGCAAUGUGUCAUUCAGAAACAAGGGUACAAGGUUAGUGAAGUCAUUCCACAACACGGAGUUGCACAAUGAAAUGGCAGUUGCAGCCACUUAAUGCUAUAAGAAAAAAAAACUACCCAAAAAAAGAUGUUUUUAAUGCUUUCAGCAUUCAGUGAAAACUGAAGACGGGGUUUUCCAAACCAAAACUGCAUUGCUCAAUACCUUCAGAGGUUAACUUAAUAUACUGUUGUGAUUUAGAUUUACACAGAUGACGAUGAAAAUAACAAGUCACAUCCUAGUUUAGGAGCCCAAAUCACAGCUUUCAGUCUUUACUUGAGUCUUCGAUUAGGAGUCAGACUGAGAGAGGUCCGAGGCCAACAGCAGGAGCUCUGGACAAAAUCCUGCAACAUCGAACUGAAACAUGAUUUGAACACAUCACCUCACACAGUUCAGGAUCAUUAGAGAAUGUGCAAUAAAAACAGUAGAUAGGGUUAGAAAAAACAGUGAACAGUUGAGGCAAACAAAAGCAUUUCGACUGACAUUCAACAGAAAGUGCAGCUGCUGUAGUUGCAGGUUCGUUCCCAUGAAAAACAACCAAAAGGUGCCAGAAGAGAGUUCUCUGUGUGAGAGUAUAAAUCCAGAACACAGAUAAACGCUGCAGAGCGCCAACAGUGAUCUGCCUUCUUGGCUUGAAGAAAUAAAAAACUCUGCCUUUGGUUGUAUUUUCUUGUCUUGACUGAAGAUUCCCUGUUAAAAGUUCUCAGUGGUGAUCUCUAAUGAUGGGACAGCAAUGAGAGAGCUGAAGAACUAUUCCAUAGUUCUAAAAAACCCUUUUUGUUGUGUCCACACUAAAAACUAAGAAUGACUGGAGUCAGCGGCAUUUUGAAGGACUGUUUUUGCUCCCAGCUUCAGUCCAGGAGCUCUUCAGCAGCGUCAGCAGCCGCCACUUUUUAAAACCUGUAAGCGGUGAAGUCCAAGCUUAUCCUAUUGACAGUGUGAACGCAAACAGAAGGAAAGCUCCAACAAGUUUCCAACAGUUCUGAAUGGAACCAUCUGAGGAAGCAGGGCUCAUUUGGUGGAAGCAGCCAUCAGGGAGUCACUACAACUGUUUGGCCUCAUGUGUCGGUCUUCAUGCUGAACCUCUGGCAGGACGGCAUCAGGCCAAGUGCUUCCUGACGGAGUCAUAAGAGUCAAGAAAUGUGCAGGAGUUCAGACAAAAUCUCCAGAUCACAGACUCAACGUAAUGUUGAGGGAGCUUUGACACAGUGACGUGUCUGGUUAUUGAAUCCUCCUUAGAACCAUAAAAAAAAAAAAAAAGUUGGGAUUGAGUUGGAUUCUGUGUGUGUGUGGUGUGUUAUGACAGAAUCGAACCGAUCCAAACAUAAUUAAUGCUGGGGGUAUUAUAAAGGACCCUAUAAAGCCAAAACAUUGUGAUUAGGCAGGUUUCCAUUAACCCUCAAACUAUGCAAACUGAAAUUGUGAAAUAAAA